GGUUAUGGGUACUCGAUUCCAUAAUCUGGAGCUGGUUCCUGACAUUAACUGUCGGGUACUCGGUUACCCAGCUCCGAUGCACAGCUCUAUGGGGCAAUCACCUGUUUGUUAUAAUUUUGAACUUAUUUAGACACGGAGGUUUGUUCUGUUUUGAUUAGGUCACACUUGAAAUAUGGCGGAGGCUGCAGCCAAAACUGUGUGGAAGAUCAGCCAGGGGCAUCUGGAAUGUCCAAUCUGUUGCUGUCUUUUCAAGGAUCCCAAGAUGCUGGACUGUCUGCACAGCUUUUGCCUGAAGUGUCUGGAUGAGAUGAUGAGCAGACAGAAGCCAGAGGCAGAGAAGAUAACAUGUCCAGUCUGCAGGAGAGAGACGCAAGUUCCUGAUGGAGGAUUGCAGAGUCUAGCUUCGUCUUUCUUUCUUAGUUCUCUUGUCGAUGAGGUCAAACAACAGGGGAAGCAUGGGCACCUACCGCCACAUGUGACUGUGGAGAAUGCAAGGAGGCCACUUGGAGGUGUCUCGAUUGUAGUGAUAACCUCUGCCAGAAAUGCUGCGAAGCUCAUGAGAGGGUCAAAUACACCAAAGACCAUCAAAUCAUUUCAUUGGGAGAUUGGCAGGAAUCAAAGAUGCCUCCAGCAGAACAUAGCAAACCCAUCACCCAAAUGUGUACGAUCCACCAUGACCAUCCUUUGUAUUUUUACUGUGACACAUGCGACACCUUAAUCUGCUCUUUGUGUGUCGCAUUAGAUCAUCGGUCAGCAGAGCACAAUUUCUUCAAGAUUGAUGACACUAUCAGGUCCUUCCGCAGUGA